AUGGGAAAUAUGAUGAUUCCUGUUGUCUUGCUGCAGAACUACUUGACCAAGCUUCUCAAAGAUGAAGCACAUUUGCUUAGUGGAGUGAAGGGUCAAGUGAGAUCAAUCCAAGAUGAUCUCCAAAUCAUGAUUUCCUUCGGCAAAGAUUAUGUUGGGAAGCAAAACAACGAUGACACCGAAAAAGUUCUCGAACAAAUCACUGAGGUUGCUCUUGACGUUGAGGAUAUUAUAGACACCUAUUUGGAGCGAAAACUCACGAUCAAACAAAGAUGGCUGCCGAAGAAUCUGCUGAGUAAUCCAUUACACUUCUUCAGCCAUGUGAAAGCGCUUUCAAAGGCUUCGAGAAAGACAAGAAGCAUCAAUGAAGAUAUUAAAGGUAUUACUGAUAAAUAUGCAGCAAAUGGUAUUGAAGAAUCUCAAUCUGGUGCUGCUGAUACAGAGGCAAAGCAAUUGCUUGGUGGAAGGCAUCGACCUGUUUCCAUUAAAGAUGGUAGUGGAGAAGCUCAAUCUAGUGCUGCUGGUGCAGAUGAUGUAGAUGAUGAUGAUGAUAUGGUAGGCUUCGAGGACCAAACAGAAUCGUUGGUGAAUCGGCUUACUGAUCGAAAGAAUUCACAACGAGAUGUGGUUUCGAUCAUCGGAAUGGGUGGUUUAGGAAAAACUACCCUUGCAAACAAGAUCUUUACUCUGGUCAAGGAUCGGUUUGACUGUUAUGCUUGGGUUCAUGUAUCUCAAGCAUAUCAAAAAAGGAGGCUCUUUCUCGACAUGUUGAAAUGCUUCGGGUCGAAUUUCUCAGACGAAAUAUACAGCAAUAAGUCCGAUGAAGAUCUUGUUGUGGAAAUACGUGACUACUUGAGAGGAAAGAGGUACUUUGUUGUCAUGGAUGAUGUCUGGGAAACUCAAGUAUGGGACGAGGUAAAAGCAGCACUUCCUGAUGAUGAAAAUGGAAGUAGAAUACUAAUUACUGGCCGUCACAAAGAUAUUGCUUCUCAUGCCAGCAGCUCAGUGGCACUUGUCAGAACCAAAUCUGAUUUCCCUUCCAAUUUUGAAAAUCUUGGGAAGCAAGUUGUUGAAAGAUGUAAAGGAUUGCCGCUUUCUAUUACUGAACUAGGAAUGGCUCUAGCGAACAAAUGGAAUUCAUAUCCGAGGUCCGAUUUUAUUGACUUUCUUGUAGAUGAAUACUCCAAGCAUACACUAAACCGUUGCUUAGACAGUGUCGCCCUAAGUUACAACAAUUUGCCAUAUCACUUGAAGCCCUGCUUUCUUUAUCUCGGUGUGUUUCCAGAAGACUUUGAGAUCAAAACGAAGAUGUUAACCGAAUUGUGGAUAGCAGAAGGAAUAAUAGUUCAGCACACGGGGAAUACAAACGGUGCGUAUGUUGCUGCUGAAUUCUACUUGGAGGAGCUCAUAAAUCGAAGCUUAAUCCAAGUAGUAAGUAGGAGAGAUCUUAAUGGAAGUGUAAAAUCAUGUCGUGUCCAUAGCAGCGUAAGAGAUUUCUGCAUAAAACAGAGUUUGCAAGAGAAGUUCUUCGAGUUUCAAUCGAUGGAUAAUCCUUCAUCACGUGGAAAGAUUAUUCGAAGACAUUCCGUGGACUCUAAGACUAACCCUUAUUAUUGCGUCUUCUGGAACGCUUGUGAUACAUCAUCCGCUCGUUCUUUUCUUUUGUUUUCCAGUGCAUUCUUGCUGGGGGAAAUCAGCAUGUGGGAAUGGCUUUUAGAAGGCUUCAAGUUUAUUCGUGUUCUGGUAAUGCUAUCCGACAACACAAGAUAUGAUUUGGGAAUAUCAUUUCCCAAGGGAAUACAAAAUUUGAUAUUUCUGAGAUAUCUGAAGAUGACAGGUUUCAUUACUAAGGAUCAUGAGAGGUUGUGCUAUCAAUUCUUUGAUUCCAUUUGCAACCUUCAAUUCCUAGAAACAAUCGAUGUCCAAUUCGAUAGAGAAGUGGAGGUAUCAUUGCCAGGCAGUAUAUGGAAAAUGACAAAGCUAAGGCAUCUAUCUGGUUAUAAAUCAAUCAAGUUACCAAAACCACCCAGGCAGCUAGUAGAAAAGGGUAUGAACAAGUUGUGCAACCUCCAAGCCCUUGCUCACCUGUAUGUUGAUGGGACAAGUGCUGGUUUCAUAGUAGAGUCGAAAUUCCCAAAUCUAACAUACUUGGGUUUAUAUUAUAAGCGGGACGAAUCGGAUGGUUUAAACGAAUCCGAGAUGACACAACCUGUGGUAAGCCUUGAGAAGUUACCAUAUCUGCAGAGGUUAAGCAUUGUUGGUUUUGAGAAAUACGAGCCUCGUUUGGAAUUUUCGGCAUCAUCAACAUUACUUACCCAGGUAAAAUUGAAGAAAUCGUUUGUGGAUUCAAACCUCUUGAGCAUCCUUGGAAAGCUUCCAAACCUACAUGCUCUAAAGAUAAAAUUGGAUAAAAGUUACAUUGACAAUGAGCUAGAUGUUGGUGUGAUCAGAAUUGUUGAAGGUGGUUUUCCUCAACUCCGAGUUUUCAAACUAAUCCGAUGCGGUUUUAAGAAGUGGGAAAUGGAUGAAGGAGCAAUGCCGAAACUCCAGUACUUGGUGAUGAUAAAGAACGAAGAGAUAGAGGCUCUGCCGGAUCAACUUUGGUGUAUGGAGGGUCUAAGACGUGUUGAGUUGUCGUCGAUGUCAAGACGGUUGACUUAUUCGCUAUCGCACUUGGCCGAGGAAAAAGUAAAAUAUCAGACAUUGGCCGGUAAUGAUGAUGAUGAUGAUGUGAACUCAUUGUCACGUUAUUUGAAGGGGAAGACCGUGACAAAAUUGAUUAUGAAGAAUCGAUGCCAGGUCUUAGUUGACGAUACCCCUUUAUACGAUGAUGAUGAUGAUGAAUGA